AUGGCUAACAUAGUCACGUUUGUUGGGUGCUUCUUGCACCUUCUGCUAAUUUUUGUCUUUUCUACUGUUUUAGGUGAAUGGAAUACCAAAGACUACUUAAAGAGAGAACACAGUCUUGUCAAGCCUUACCAAAGUUCUGGCAUGAACAUUCCUAUGUGGGAUAUUAUAGGGUCUACAAUGGUAACCAACAAUUAUAUUAGGUUGACUUCUGAUCAUCAAAGCAAAUCUGGAGGUAUUUGGAAUAGUCAGCCAGUCUUAGUGAAAAAUUGGGAGCUCCAUGUUCAGUUCAGAGUUCAUGGAACAGGCAGAACACUUUAUGGUGAUGGCUUCUGUAUUUGGUAUGUCAAGGACCGGAUGCAAUUAGGGAAGGUUUUUGGAAGUCGUGACCUUUUUUCUGGAUUAGCCAUAUUUUUAGAUACCUACAGCAAUCACAAUGGACCUCAUAAUCAUGUACAUCCUUACAUAUCAGCCAUGGUUAACAAUGGAAGCUUAAGUUAUGACCACGAUGCAGAUGGUACCCAUACAGAAUUGUCUGGCUGUGAGGCGCAAUUCAGAAACAAAGAUUAUGACACCUUUAUCUCUAUCAGAUAUCAUGAAAACACAUUAAAGGUUUUUACCGAUAUUGACAACAAAAAUAAUUGGAAAGAGUGCUUUUCAGUGACCGGAGUUCAUCUUCCAACAGGAUAUUACAUUGGAGCAUCUGCAGCUACAGGUGAAUUAGCAGAUAACCAUGAUGUAAUUUCUAUAAAAUUAUAUGAACUUGAUGUUCCUGGAUCUGUAAAUCCAGAAGACUACAAAAAUAUCAUUCCAUCUGCUGAACAUUUUGCAGAACCAAGAGAGCAUGUGGACGAUGCUCCUCCUGCCUCCUGGAGUGUAUGGAAAAUCAUGCUAGUGAUUAUAUUGCUCAUUAUUGUCUUUGUUGUGGCUGGCAUUGUGGGCAUUUAUUUCUACCAAAAACAUCAAGAAGGAAACCGCAAACGAUUCUAUUGA